UGAGCUGACUAGUGGGCGGGGUCUCCUCACUUGGCUACCCCUGAAAGUUUGCGGAAGUUUUUUUAUUUUAUUUUUACAGCUAAAGUUGACGCCAACUACAGAAGAGGAUUGUAGGAAGAAGAAAAAAACGUGAUUUAUUUUCGGCGUCAUAUUUCAAUAGAUGGACCUCAAGUCAGAGAAAAUAGAGCGGAUCCUCUCCAAGUACAAAUUUCAUGAUGUGGCCAUUGAGGAGCUGGAGAAAAUCCAUCGAAUCUACCCCGGGAUGAGACCAUCCACGGGCACAUACACUUUCAGUGACAGCACCCAAAAGGAUCUCCUGAAAUUAACCGGUAACAUUCCCGUCAAAUAUGAGGGUCGCUCCUACAACUUCCCCGUUCAGCUGUGGCUCAUGGACUCCUUCCCCUUCACUCCUCCCAUAUGCCUCCUCAAACCCACUCCCAACAUGGCCAUCAGAGAGGGCAAGCAUGUUGAUGCCCGAGGAAGGAUCUACCUCCCGGGUCUACAUAACUGGGAUCAUCCCAAGUCCUCUGUGGUGGGUCUUCUGACGGAGAUGAUUGCCAAGUUUGAGGAGGAUCCUCCGUUGUCAUCAAAGAAUGCAGCAGACAACAAAGACCCCCAUGAGCUCCUGGCAUUUGUCUCUAAUUUCCAGAUCAAUGAUGGUGGAGUCAGACAUCACGAUCAGCCUAUCAACAAGGUCUCAGUUAUUGGGGGAGGAGAUCUAGGAAUGGCAUCAGUGAUGAGCGUUUUAUCUAAGUGCAAGGUGGAUAAACUUGUUUUCAUUGACGUCGCUGAGAGUUCCACAAAGGGCGGCAGCACGGACCUGGAGAUUUUCAGUCUGCCAAAGGUUGAGGUAUCCAGAGAUCUGUCGGCAUCUGCGGGCUCCAGGGUUGUCAUAGUGACGGCAAAUGCGUGGAGCGGCGAGCAGUCGUACGUUAGCGUGGUUCAGACUAAUGUCGACUUGUACAGAGGGAUAAUCCCAAACCUGGCACGUCUCAGCCCUAACGCUGUGUUGCUCAUUGCGUCACAACCAGUUGACAUCAUGACCCACGUAGCCUGGAGGCAGAGCGGCCUCCCUCCAACACGGGUGAUUGGAGCCGGCUGUAACCUGGACUCAGAGCGGCUCAGUCAUGUCCUGGACAUUAACCUGAACACUCACAAACCGGCCUGGGUCAUAGGAGAACUUUCAGACAACAAAAUUGCUGUGAUGAGUAACACUGGGCUCAGCUCCAGUGUAAUGCCAGAGAUCGCCCCAGGAUCCAACUCUACCAAACCGUUGUUAGACAGAGCGUUUGACAUCAUGAAGAAUCGAGGCCAGCGCUCGUGGUCCGUGGGUCUCUCCAUUGCUGACAUCACAAACAGCAUCCUGACAAAUAAGAUGAAGCCGCACUCGGUCUCCACGCUGGCUCAGGGCUGGGGGGGCAUCGGUGCAGAGGUGUUCCUCAGCCUGCCGUGCAUUAUGGGAGCAAACGGUUCCACGCGCCUGGCCGGUGUGUCGCUGGGACAAGAAGACGACAGCAAAGUCAGGGAAAGCAUCACCUCGCUUUCUAACCUCAUGAGUCAGCUCAAGAUAUGAAGGAUUCGGUCGUAGCUGCUGUGUAGUCCAACACACCCUCCGCCCAUGGACAGUGGUUGUGCUGAAGUUACGUGCAGUUUCAGUUAGCUACUUACACUAAAGUUUUUAAGUUACUGGACAGCUCUUCUGCCUUAAUUAUGUCUAAUUUAAUCCUAAAACUUAUAAAAUAAACCAAUCCUAUCAAUGGUACGGACUACAUUUUGUGUCUGAAGUUACCGGGCUUUGAGAAACUACUUAUUUUGUUGUAAUACACAUUUUGCAGUUUGUACCAUGUUACAUGACGAUUGUUUCUUUUAAAGCCAUUCAUUUUCCACAGAAUCAUCUACAGAAUAUUUUUAUGUUUGCCAUCAAUGACAGCUCAAGUCUAAUAUGGUUUAAGAGGACUUUGACCAAAGACAUAGUUUAACCAUUUCUUACAUAUUUCUGUUGAGGAAAAUCAGGGUGAUGGCAGGUAAAACACGGAACAUGUGGGUGUUGGGGUUUAAUCAGUAGAUUGCCUCAUUAGGAACAGCUUGUGUAACUGUCAUAAUCGUCUCAUUGCCAUAUUUAAUGAAAAGGUUUUUAAGUGCCUCAGUGUUUAAAGCUUUACUCUCACUAUUGUUUACUUUGUGUAAAAACAUUUUGCACAGCUUGAUAUGAAGCAAUAUAAGAUAUGUACUGUAAAUAGGACUACAUGAUUUUGUGGGAGUGCAAUAAAUAAAAGCAAACAUG